CAAUCUCUAUGGCCAGAAGAGGCAGCAGAGAUGAGGAGGAAGGAGGUGUGGACAGGGAGGAUAGAGAUAAAUUAGUUAUAUAACAGAAAGCUUUGAUCAUAAAGCUGCCAGAGCUCAGCAGCUUCUCCUCUCUGUGCUGAUGGAGACCUUAGAGGGAAGUGAACUCUGCUUUCCACAACUCCUCAACACCUCCUGCAGGAAGCCAGUGCGUUCUCACUUUGAGACCAUGCUGAUUUACAUUCUGCUGUCCUCCAUCUCUCUCCUCACUGCAGUUCUUAACCUGCUGGUCAUCAUCUCUAUCUCCCACUUCAAGCAGCUCCACACCCCCACCAACCUCAUCCUCCUCUCUCUGGCUGUUUCAGAUUUCUUCGUGGGUAUCGUAAUGUGCUUUCAAAUUAUUCACUUAGAUGGCUGCUGGUUCUUUGGUGACCUCAUGUGUGUGCUGGGUCAGUAUAUAGCAUACAUUAUUACCAUUCCCUCAGUAGGAAGCAUGGUGAUUAUAUCUGUUGACCGUUAUGUGGCUAUUUGUCAUCCUCUGCAUUACUCCACCAAAGUCACACGGAAAAGAGUUAUAGUUUGUAUUUGUCUGUGUUGGACAUGGCCUCCAAUCAUUCAAGGUCUGAAUCUAAAUGAUGCCCUGGAACAACCAGGCAGGUAUAACUCCUGUGUUGGAGAGUGUAUUGUGUUUAUUAACUACAUAGUUGGACUUGUAGAUCUUAUUUUUUCCUUCAUCGUUCCCAUUACUGUCAUUGUAGUUCUGUAUAUGAGAGUUUUUGUGGUGGCUGUGUCUCAGGCUCGUGCCAUGCGGUCACAUAUUGCAGCUGUCACACUCCAGAAAUCAGUGAAAGUAACUGCUAAAAAAUCUGAAAUGAAAGCAGCCAGGACUCUUGGUGUUGUUGUAGUUGUGUUUCUAAUAUGUCUCUGUCCUUAUUAUUGUGUUACUCUUACAGGCCAAGAUAACUUUCUUAAUGCUUCAUCUGCUGCCUUUGUUAUAUGUUUGUUCUUCUUUAACUCCUGUCUAAACCCCAUGAUCUAUGCCUUUUUUUAUCCCUGGUUUAGAAAAUCCGUUAAGCUCAUUGUUACAUUGAAGAUACUGCAGACUGACUCCUGUGAGACCAACAUACUGUAGAGAGACUCUGUGUGAUGCCUGAAAUUAGACCUUUAGCAUUAACAGAACAAUAUACUUGGUCAUAGUAAUUGCCAUUUUGUUAAUCAACGUCACAGUACAGCUACUUGGGGUUUGUCCAUUUGCAGGUAUUUUGGACAAAUCACCACCUCUAUGAUUCACUGACACAUUUUUGUUAUGCUGACUGUGUGCAUAAGUACAGCUGAUGUGAAAGUUUAGCAAUUAUAUCCCAUUUUAUACAUGGCUGAAGUUAGAGACCCACAGAAAUUAGGAUAUAGCUUGUACUGUAUCUAACUGGAUAUGUUUGGCCAGGCCUGUAAUGCAGCCAUUUUGUAUGUGAACACCUUUAAACACAAACCCAUUCAAAGCUAAGAGUCAGCAAUUAUCAGUAACCUCAGAACCUCAAGAAAUACAAAAAAUACUGUAUGAUCAUUAAUUUGUAGCAUGCCAGCCCAGAGUCAACCUUUUACUUAUUAUCAUUUACUUGUUCUGAUUCCUUGCAAUUGUACAACCUAGACAAAAAAGUAAAUCAAGCCAAAGAAGGAAUAUACA